AUGGAAGGCCUCGCCGACCCUGAGGCUUUCAAGGCCUGCUAUGCCCAGUUCCGGAAGUCUGAUAACGACCGGGAUGUCCUCAUCACUCAGCUCCUCAGCAACUACGAGGAUUUGCAGAUCAGAUAUCACAAUGCCAUGAAUCAACUGGAAAAUGAGAAGGAGAAUCGUGAGAUCUGGCAGAGGGAGACCAGAGACGCCCGCAGGCAGUUGCACCAGUCCAAGCUGGCUAAUGAGUCCCACCCUUUUGUUGUUAUGAUCAUCGAUGGCGACGGUGCAAAAUUCCGAGACGACUACUUUAGAGCUGGCGAUAACGGCGGUGGCCAAGCCGCCCAGGAGCUGAAGACUCAGAUCAAGCUCCAGCUCCAGGAGACCUACCCUGAUACCAGCACCGAUAACUGGAAUAUCUUGGUUUUCUUCUAUGCCAAUAUGGACGGUCUUGGCAAGGCACUUGCCGCCCGCCGCAUCCUUAAUACGUGGACCGAUCUCCAGAAGUUCGCCUCGGGUUUCGGUCGCGCCAAUAGCCUCUUCUCCUUUGUCGAUGUUGGCUACGGAAAGGACAAGGCCGACCACAAGUGCCAGGCCAUGCUGAAGCAGAUGCUCCAUGCCACCUCGUGCCGCCAUGUCUUCUUCGGCCCCUGUCGCGAUAAUGGAUACCUAAAUCUGCUGGAAGAGUAUAAGCACGAUCCCGUCAAGAGGGAGAAGCUCACACUGGUCACCACAGAGCCGGCAGGACCUGGAUUUGUCAGCCUCGGCUUCACUAUCGUCGCUUUCCCCAGCGUAUUUCGAUCCGAACCUAUGGAUAACAUCAGCGUCCGAUAUCCAAUGUCGCCAGUGUCGCCAGUCGGUCUCGAUAUCGGGAUUCAGCCGUUCCCGCCUGCCCCAGGCUUGACUCCCGGUCCUGGCCAAUAUGCUACAUCAGAGGAAGACUCCAACGGCUCGUCUCUUUCCGUUUCGAACGGUAACGGAAGUGCCAAUGGAAGCACCAACGGUGGUGGAUCCACCUGGGCUGUGACAGCGAAGCUCAGUAAUGGUCCGGUUAUCGACAUCUACAGCAAGCAAAAGCCUCCGCCGAAACUCAAGUACGCACUAUUCAACGCUGCCAACAUGAGAGUUGACGAGCGCCUCCCCGCUGCGGACCCGGUUGCAAUCAGGUCCCUCGAGAACAAGGCCAGGGCCCAGGGUUGCAACUUCUGUAACCACUACCACUUGACCGGCAGCUGCGACAAGAACGAAAACUGCGAGUACCAGCAUGAAGCAAAGCUCUCGCCGUCGGAACGACUAGCGCUGUGGCACAAGAGCCGUGGUAUUGUGUGCUCUGAUCAGCAAUGGUGUGAGAGCCCAUAUUGCCUGAGCGGCCACCAUUGCAAGAACGUGUACGAUGGCAAGCCUUGUAUUUGGGGUACGAGGUGCUUCUUCAAAGACACACACGACGCUGAUGUCAAGGCGACACUUAAGAUCUUUGAAGAUGGAACACGCGAGAUUCUCACAAUUUGA